UCAAAGAAUACUUGUGGGUGAUGACAUUUGCUUUUCCAGCUGGGCAGCUUGUGCCAGGAACUGAGCACAGGAACACCCAGGGGCGGUUCAGGGGCAGGCAGCUUCACCCUGUGCCACAGCCAACUCCCAGCACUCCUUUCUCUUUGCCAGGAGAGCAGCAUGGCCACAGCAGCUGCACAAAACCUCUCUGCUGACACUGGCCAGAGCUUCAUCUCUCAGUGCUGAAGAGAGAAAAGCCCCUCAGGAGGCAAUGGGUGAGCCACCACAGGCUGUGGUGAUGAAGACUUUUGGAGAAGCAGACAAGAUUUGCGAGGAGAAAAUACAGUCUCAUCUGCAAUGCCUUAGGAAGGUGUUGGCAGCAUUUCUGGACUGGAGAGCGAGUGAAGAGAAGAGACAUCAGGACUACCUGGAGAUGAGUGAAGCCGAACGGCGCCGCAUUGAGGCUGAGUUCCAGCGGCUGCGCCGGCUGCUGGCGGAGCAGGAGCGCACGGUGCUGGGGCGGCUGGCUGAGCUGGACAACACCUUCACAGCUACCCACGCCGAAAAAUCACUGCGGGUGGCCGAGGGGGUUGCACAGCUCCACAGACUCAUCGGGCAGCUGGAGGCCUGUUGCUUGCCCCAGGAUGCUGGGAGCAUCCUAAGCAGUGAAGUGAGACUCCAUCUCCCCUCGGGGCUCCCCAAGGAGCUGGAAAAGAGCCUGAGCUCCUGCUGCCGCCAAAGUGAUGCUCUGCGGGAGGCCCUGGAGAAAUUCAGAGACACAGAUCCCACCAUGGGUCUCCCCACAGCAGAGAUGACGCUGGAGACUGGCACAACUCCUCUCCCACAGCUUUUGGAAGAGAGAAAAAGUGUGCAGUGGGAUGAGGAGGAAGGGCAGGACGAGGGCAGACAGCCCCGUUGAGACCGGGAGCUGGCUGGCAGCUGUCACAGGGGUCAUUGCCGGGAGAUGCACAAUGUGGGCUCAGUAGCUGGACUCUGCGAGAUGUACCCUGUGCAUCCUCAUCUCAGGUGCUGCCCAUAUUCCUGGGGACACAAAUGGUUUUAUGACAAGCUCCCCUCCCAGCUGCUUUAAUUAGUAACCAAUCUAGUGCUGCUGCUCACCACGUAGGUAAUGAAUUAAAGAAAAACAAAACAAAACA